GCCUCUGCACGUCUAUUACACGAUUGGAGUUCACGUCCAUCUUCUGCGAGAUACGCCUCAUAUCUGGUGAUUCCCUCUUCACUCUGUCUCUUUCACCAUUGACUCGACAGUCGCUCUACACCUCGUUCCAUUGACAUCACCUUUACCUCGAGCACAACACCUCCCUCUCGUCGAAGCCCCACAUCCAGAUGCUCACCGCAAUGGUCCGCUCCUGUAACCUAUGUCAUUUUUCAGCCUCAAGCCACACUAAUGUCAAUAGCGAUGUCCUGGGUCAAAGUAUGGUCCCGUCACCUUCAAGGCUUCUCUACACUAUGGACUUGUCAGCCUAUUUAUGCAGUGCCACCUAUAAUGGAUAUUCCUCUUCCGCAGGGUUCAGUUUUUUAUCUCUCGGCGGUGAGUGAAUCCGGUAGCGGUCACGGCUUCCUCAAUACUUCGCUCGUCAAUCAUCGAUACAUCCUUCACCGAACGAGAAUACAAUUGGAUGCAUUUUCGCUUUAUUCUUUCUUAUUCCUCGUUGCAGGCAAGAUCAUCCUUCCCCCAUGACACUAUCGGCUCAAUUGGACCAGUCGUAUGUUAUCAUUCGUCUUUUCUUUGCGCGCCGUUUUCAGCGAUAUAAACAUUUUUUUGCCUCUGUCAUUACCUCACAAAAUAUACUCAAUUCUACAUUUUGGCUUUGCGUGCUAACUGAGUAGUACGAUGCAAGUCCAGGAGCAGCAAUCACUCUGAGACUCACAUGUCCCUUUCAAUGUUGGCAGACCACUUUCGCCGCGAAUUGUUCAUGCCAUUCUCUACUUUAGCACAGAUUCUUCUGCUAAUCCUGGUCGGUGAUCUCCCUUCCUAGCGCUCAUGCAAUCAUACCAGCGUCUAUCUUGCCGAACAUC